GUUGCCUUUGAAAGCUGAGCAUCGUAAUGCGCAACGCCUGCCGAAGUUGGAUUUCUGUCAUGCUGACAUUCUUGCCCGGCGAGUCGCGACACUUAUCGGGAAGUAGGCGGUGACACCUACGUGAUUAAGAAGUCAGCUGAUGUGGGAGUACGCUGGAUAACGUAUUGGCCACUCAGAGAGCAAGUGAAGUUGAACGUAGGAUUUAUGGAUAUACUUGUUAUCGAUUUAUUGAACAUAAAAAAAGUGCAUUGUAUUUCAAAUAAUGUGAAGUUCUUUUUUGACGAUUUCGCUCACUUUUGAGUCAACGCGGCUAGUUUUACAACGAGAAAACAUUUAUCGGUGGUUUUUGUGCCGCGUGGUACAGUUAAAUCAUUUUCAAUUGCUCGUAAGAUGGGGUUUCUUGAUAAUCUGCGAAAAUAUUCCGAAGCAGUUUUGCGGUAUGAAAACGCAGAACUGCAGAAGAAAGCACUUAGCAUCAUUCCUGUAUCUGAACUAGAAAAUGCAGCGGUUGAGAAAAUGCGUUUUCUUCAGAAAGAAGUUCGAGAAAAGAAAAUGAAGGACGAUGAGCUCCCUGAAAUUAAAGACUUGCUAUUAAUUGAAUUGUUAACCUGGUUUAAGAAUAUUUUCUUUACUUGGGUCGACUCACCAGCUUGUGAAUAUUGUAACGGAAGGACCAAAUUCUCUGGUUCCUCCAGAAAUAUCGACACAAUACCACCUGUGAAGGUCGAGGUUUAUAAGUGUGAAAAAUGUCAUAAAUCUACAGAAUUCAUCCGCCAUGAAGAUCCUUGGAUUCUUUUGGAAACUAGAAAAGGACGUUGUGGAGAAUGGGCAAACUGCUUUACUCUCUUAUGUCGUGCCAUGGGAUGGGAUGCUCGUCAUGUUGUUGAUGUCACAGAUCAUGUGUGGACUGAGGUGUUCUCUGUGUCUCAAGAUCGUUGGUUACAUUGUGACCCAUGUGAAAAUGUGUGUGACCGUCCACUGAUGUAUGAAGAAGGUUGGGGGAAAAAAUUGUCUUAUGUAAUAGCAUAUUCAUACGAUGAUAUACAGGAUGUAACUUGGAGAUAUUCUCGUAAACAUGAUGAUGUACUAUCUCGAAGACAAGAGUGUACUGAAGUGCAGUUAUUGGAAAAGUUGGUGUCUAUACGACAGGAAAGGCAACAGUAUUUAUCCAAAGCUCGAAAACAGUAUACAACACGUCGUUUGGUAAAGGAACUUGUUGAGUUUAUGACUCCUCAAAAACCUGAUGAUGAAAUAUAUGAGUUCCAAUGGUACUCUCAUGGUGCCAUGUUGUUAUUUGUUUAUUUUUUGAUUAAGGGUCGCACAUCUGGUUCUUUAGCAUGGCGCCUUUCUCGUGGUGAAGCCGGAGAAAGACGUCCUGCUGGGGGAUAUGUGUGGCAACCAACACCUGCUGAGAAACAACAAAAACAUCUACACAUAGUGUAUUCUUGUGCUCAAGACAUCUAUAUCAGACCUACAGCAGGAGGUGAAGUAAUGCAAUUUUGGGAACAAGGUGUUUUUGAAGCAGAGUCCAUCUCUAGAAAGGAAGAGAAGGAUUGGAAAAAAGUGUACCUGGCAAGAAAAGAAGGGAGUAGCAAAGCUUUAUUAAGUUGGAAAAUUGAUUGUCAAAAGAGUGGAUUCGUCAUUGACAAAGUCCAGGUGCGUUGUUCAGCUACUGUGUUUCACUCUGGAAAAAUACGACUGCAGCUUUGUGGAAAUGUUUGUGUUCCUAUACCUGCAGAUCACAUAACAUUUGAGACUAUGGAAUUAAGUGGAUCUGAAAGUAUAAUAUUGACAGCAGACCUGAGAGGAGGUGAAGGAUCAACAGCAUGGCAACACACACAACUCUUCCGGCAGCCACUGGAUGACCAGUCAGAUUUCCCUCUCAGCAUCAAUGUUUUUCUCAAAGAACUUGGAAGAUAACCAAUUGGAAGCAUUGUACCUUUGUGUGAUUGUGUAAAAAUGUUUAAUUCAGAGAAAUUAAUGUUCAUGUAAUAAGCAACUGUGUAAUUUUAAUUCAAUAUAACAACAAAAAUAAGAAAUUUGUGGAGUACUACUGGUUUUUUCUGAUUGUUGCCUGCAUGUUUGAAUAUGAUGGAACAAAGAAUCAUAGAAUUCAUGUUGCUUCAAUGUGGAUGAAAUUUCAAGUGCUACCGUUACAAUUGAAUGCAGUUCAUGUAGUUAUGUUGAUACUCUUAAAAUGUUCCAACAAUUUCUCACAUCUCUUUAUUACUUCUCUUACAUUUCUUGAAAUGUGCAACAUUCAAUUCAAAACAUUUUGAUAGGAAAUUUGAAGUAAUGGUGUGCAUGUCACCAAUUACAUACUUUCAUAUUUACUAAACAUCAGAAAAAUGAAUAAAAUUUAUUUCCUGGUUUCAGAAUUGAAAGGGUUUUGCAGUGUUAAAUAUUCCAACUCCCAUCAAUGUUUAAAUAUUUUUCUGAAAACCUUCAAAUUCUACAGCAAAGGUAGAAUGCAGCAUUUCUAAUACAUUAAAUUAAUACUAUUUAAAUGAGCGUAUUGUAAUAUUGAUUUUGAAGAUGCUAUAUUUGAUUGAAAUUAAUUUUUCUUUUUUCCCAUCUUAAUUUAGUAAUUUUUAAUGUAGAAAAUGAAAUUGCUAAAAAUUAAGUCUUAACAAUUUUGAGGAAGGAAGAUUGAAAGAUGAUUUUUGGGGCAGUUUUUGAGACUUUCCUGCAGAGUUUUGAUGUGCCAACUGCACUCCCCAAUUUCAAAAGUUGAACCACUCAUUUGAGUCCUUGAAAAUGACUUCUUGAGAAAGUGCAGUAUUUAAUGUAAAUGACCUUAAGCUUCAAGUUUUCAAUAAGUUAUUUGAACAUAGAGCAUAGUGACUUAUAAGUAUGGUAACAUUGCCUUGCUGUGAAUGAUCUGAUUUCAAGCAAUUUAAGGCUAUGUUAGUGCAUUGUUUUAUCAUAAGGUGGAUGCAAAAAUAAAAAGAACUACUGGUGCUACAACACAAUUUCUGACAUUGUGUGACUUGCAACUUUUGAAAAUUAUGAGUUUACCAAAAAUGAGAUCUGUAAGUGUAUUUGAUCAAUUCAAGAGAAAAAUUAAAAGAAACAAACUUUAAAGCAAUUUUUGGGAAAAUCUAAAACUCCUUUUUCUGGAAAAAAAACCAACAGAACCUUAUUUAAAGAUUUCUCUUUGAGGAACAGUUUUCAUUAAGGAAAAAUCCCUAAUCUACAAAAUUGAAGUACGAACAAAUUUCUCAGAGUUAGUUAAAUGAAAAUGGGACCUGUGCCAUUUUUUUAACCUCCUUUUCUCUAUCAGGAAAAAAAUUAAAUUCCCGAAAUAAAAAUAUCCAUUUGAACUUUGCUGGACCCCGAAUUCUGCCCAAUAGAUCCACAAGAAUCAAUUGUGGAGAAAAUUAAAAGUUUUAGACGCUAGUAUUGACUGCAGGUAUUUUUUGCCUCCAGUGUAUCGUCAGGAUCCACAAAAUAUGGAUUCUGACUACACAUGUUAAUGGGAAGUAAUUAACUACAUAUACAAAACAAGAUUUACCCAGUGUUUUCAUAUCAGAACCUCACUUUUUUGAUGAAAAAUCACCAUGUUUUGCUGCAGCAUGCCAAUAUUUUCUCUUUACUAUGUAAGUAUGUAGUAGUCAAAGUAAAAGAAUUGAUGACUGCUACAAUCAUUAUUUCAGAAGUGACUGAUACUUUACAAAUAGAAAGGAAUGCUUUUGCAUUUACAUGGCUGAAUUCUAUUUAAUAAAAAAUAUUUACAUUUGAGGAGCAAAUUAUUCUCCAUUUUUCUCUUCACAUAAUUUAAUUAGGUACCAGUCAUCAUACAGGAGACUAAAGACAAUAAUUUAUUUUUUUUAGUUUAAGUUUUGAUUAUGUGAGAUGGCCCAGAAAGGUUAGCAAGUGGUUUCAUUAGAAGAAAAAGAAAGGAAUGGCAUAUCAAGUUUUACAAGAGAAUGACUGGCAUGAGAGAGGUAAUGUGAGAAAUGGCCACCAGUUGGGAAAUGCUUGCACAAAGAGAAAAAUAAAAUGGCAAUUAUAUGGUUAGUAGAGAAGAUAUUUACUCUUUUAUCUUAUUAAUUCUAGCAUCAUUUUGUAUCAAUAGAAAAUAAGAUGAAUCGCAAAAUAAAUUUUGAAAUUAACCAAGAGGUUGACGUUUCUUCAGCUUACGGUUUCAAAACCCAUGAUCUAUUGAGGUACUGUUUAUUCUAGAACAAUUGAAACUCCUGUGGAACUCUUUCACUCCAAAGUUCAUUAUACAACCUAAUUAAAUUACUGUUUAAAUACAAGGUAAUGAACAUUUAUAAGCAGAAUAAGUUUGUAAAUUUUUUUGUUUCAUGCCAAUUUAACAAAAUGCUCAAAACUACUGCUGUAAAAUAUUUAAUUUUUGAAUUAUGUCCACAAUGUUGAAGAUCAAUAGUUUUAAAAUCAUAUUUAUUUUGUUGUUUGGCUUAUCUGAUUUGCCUUUAUUUACCUCAAGACAGAACUUUUUUUUUAACAGUGAUGUAAAAAUUGGUUACCACUCAACCAAAAAUGACUAAAGUGCAUUAGUAAUGAGUCUACAUUUUGUCCAAGCAUUUUCUUUUAAACAGUCUCAUAGCAAAGGUGUGAAAUAGGUGAAACAAUUUACAUGAGAUGUGCAGAAUCAGAAAAUUUGUAAUUCAAUUAUUUUAUUAAAUAAAUUAAAUUUAUAAAAAGGGCAAUAACCCCUCCUCUCUACAUUCCUCCAUAAAUUUGUAAUAUAUCACUCAAGCCUUUUCACCACAAGGCGCUUUGAUGAAUUAGCUGGUGAAAAUUCUACAAGAUAAACAUCCCACUCCUGUUGUGGGCUUUCUCUUUUGGCUUUAAGGUACAGGCUACCAGAGUUGACAGAUCCUUUAACAGGCACUUCAAAUUCAGCUUUGUAGCCAUCACAAAAAUUAUGCUCUGAAUUUAAGUUUAGAUAACCAUACUUUAAUGGUUUGCCAAGAUACUCUACUGCACCCUUAUGUUCUUGAAGUAAUUGCAUAGACUCUAUCAUGUAGGGUGAACUCUUCAGCCCAUUUUGAACUUUAUAAAAUAAGUAUAGACUUCCACUUGUUCCAAAUACGCCAGUGUAGAUAGCAAUUUUAGCCAGUAAUUUAUUGGAAAUCAUCUGAUGUUUGUUUAAUUUCUACCUUUCCAAAACCACUACGACUUCCUUCAACACACUUAAAAUUUGUCGGUUGCCUUGGUUCGAAUUUUAUGUAACAAGUGGUAGGGUUGAAAGGGGUAAGCUUUCGAACUAAAUUCUGUCCAAUGCACAAGGACAAGAAAAUAAAGCGUUUUACUAUAGAGUCAAUAAUCUUCACGUGAUGCAAGUGAGGAAUUCGCAAGGUUUAACUAGACACAUACUACCCAAAACUACGAAGCUGUCCUAACCCAGCGGCACCCAGCAGGUUCUCUUCACACAGGUGCUUUUGUUCGAAACCUGACCAGGUCAGAGAGUAUCCAGGUUAUAAAGGUUAUUUUGAGGGUCAGGUUAGGGUGCUCCACCAUAGGAAGAUUUGCUAUUUGGAAUGCCCAAUGUCUUUGGCCCUACCCUACUCUACCCUAUUCUAUCCUAUCCAAGUGAUUUCGUGUGAUCCGACGUGAUGAUAAUACUUGACGCUCACUGGCCUGACCCAACCUAACAAUCGUCGCUGAGCAUAAAUAAACAAGUGAGCAGAUCCAGGCGCCGACCCGCACCGAACUUCACCUAUUAGUUACUUGUAUAUUAUACCUUUCUUAGAUGGCUGCUAACCAUAUAAAUGUACUUCGAAGAGAUGACGAUGAGAG